UGCACUUCCCCAUGACAAUGCCCACCUAGAACAAAAUACACACGCCUGCGCCCGAUCACAGGCCGUUUGAUCAAUUCACGGAAGAACAGGUGAACCAUGGGUGAGAUUCCAAACAACGUAAUUCGUGUUGUUUUGGUGUUGGCGAUUCACGUGUGGAUGUACUAUCUGUCUGGUUUCGGACACGAGUGUUUAACCUGGCCAGGAAACGAACGUAAUCGGGAUGCGAUGGAUGAUUUGGAUGUUGGCAUGGAGUUUGGGAUCUAAUGCUAAUGAGGAUGAUGACAAAUUCAAAGCCAUCGAUAUACAAGAGCUCUCUUCCAGUAUUUAUGGAACAGAGUUGUACAUUUUGGACAAUGCCUAUCGGGAGCAAAGUAAUUACAAAUUUGAAGAUUUCUUUUGGACUGGAUCAGGAGAUGGAUACGACACUAAUGAGAACACGUUGUCGGUAGAAAAUCCAACAACUAUAUAUAAAACAAAAACCGUCUUCACGACAGUUAUAGCAGAAAAUAUUCACAAUGAGAGUACAACCACACUUUCCACAAAUUGUAUUGUGGACUGUCCUACAACCAAAAGCAUGGUAGAUAUUAAGCCCACGCCAACAUAUAUUCCUGAACAAAAUCAAGAUGAUGAUUUUUUCGAUGCUGACAGACAAUUCUGGCUACUAACAGUAUUAAAAAGUGAUGGCAAAGAUCCUGUGAUAAUAGAUCUCAAAAAUAGUUUAGCGAAAUUAUAUAAAACAGCGUUUCAAAGACAACAAGAAAAACAUUUAGGCAUCAACAAUCGUAUAAAACGUGAAACUAAUAAUAAACCCGUUAAAGUGUACAUUCAUAAUGUGGAUAAAUCCAAAUUGAAUGGAGACGAGAAGAUAACUGUAUUAUAUCACGUGUCUGUAGAUGGAAAACCAGUACCUGCAAUAACAGCAGCCGAUGAUAUGUCAUUGGUCAGUGAUGAAGAGGUCAAAAGACAAUUGGGAUUUCCAUUCUUAGUUAAAGCAGAACCGUAUAUUAAACAAGCAAGUGACCCUCAAGCUGUAACCAAAGCGAAAAACACUUGGUUAGUCAUUGGGAUUUCCAUUAUAGCACUCCUCGUCUUCUUAUUGUUUCUGGCAUUCUGUACUCUGGCCUUUGCAAAAAGGAAACGUCCCCCAUCAAAUGUUGGUACGGAAAAUAGGCAGCAUGUAUUUGAAAGGGGUGUAGGUCAUGACAAUAAGGGAUUUAUACCCGAUUGCCAAAGAAAACAGUCACCUACAUACAUCGAUUUCAGAAAGCACAGGAGUAAAUCAGGAAAAAUCGAAAGCAGAUCAGAGAGUUCGUUGAGUUCUUCCAGUUCAAGUUUGAAUAUAUCACCACUAUUGGGAAAACAAACGCCCCCAAAGAAACCUCCGAGACCCAAAGCUGCCGUCAAUAAAACAGUACCAAUGAAUAUGAAACGUAUUCCGCCGGAAGUGUUUGACUCCGAUAGCAGUUGCAGCCGGAAAGAUUCGCCGGAUGAGGUCUUUCUCGGCAACUACGAUCCGGGAGUAGUCAGUCCAAAGUCGUAUCUUUCAAUGCCUUCAGUUAAAUCGUUUCCCCGAUGUAAUAUUCCUGAACCAUUGAACAAAGUACUUGAGCCGGUUAGUGUGUUACACCUAGACAUGCCUGACGAUGAAGAAUUUCAACCUGAAUUGUAUAAACCGCAUUUGAUAAGACACGGUAGCCUUGGUACGAACGAAGAUCCAGGAAUUAUAGGUCCUGUUGUAUGGAAUCUCCAUCGACAAAGGUUACAACAUGGAGUUAGCGUAGAUGAAGGGAUUGACGAGAUGAAAGUUGGAGGAAAUGUCACUAAAAUGAGAAAGCGAUUUCAUGAAUUAUUGGAUGACACCUUUAGUUUAUUUGGAAGUAGGAGAGAAAGUCCUGUUGACAAUUUAAAACCAGCAACUAUAGAAGUUAAAAGUCAUUCAGCCGCAAAUGCAAGACCAAGUGAAGAACUAAUACCAGUUCCCCGGCAGAGACCAAAGACUACAGAUUUAAGGAAAGUUGUGGAGACGCCAGGUAAUAAAAGCCCAAAGGGGGCUUGGUCCAGUCAAGCUCCUUCACCAUUGGUUAGGCCGUUGAGUGCUGGAAUAAUUAGUCAUCCCAAAAUUAAUGUGGCGCAAGUUCUAGCAGAAGGAAAAUUUAAGCAAAAUGAUCCAGCAGUUCCACUAAUUGAAGCUAUAAAAACUGAAAUUGGGAAAUGCUCCUUACCGGGAAGUACAGCAGAUUUAAGAGAAUAAUUUAUAAGCGUUAAUAAUAUAUUUACUUAUUAUAUUCACAUUUAAAACAUAAAAACAUUUUUCGUAAGAUAAGUUAGUAUGUAUUCAUAUCUAAUAUUAUAUGAAUUUUGGUACAAAUUGCAUAUAAUAGCAACAUAAA